UGUAUAUAGAGAUUUAAUAAGUUUUAUCCUGUUUUAUGUUAGCUUGGUUAUUAGCAAACGCUAUUAAUCUUUAGAUGAGCGAAGGUUAAUCCUAGGUUUUCUGUUAUGUAGUUUUCUACUCUAUGCUUCUAAACUAAAGGUGACUGAAAUUGUUAUUAUGGAAGUAUAAAUAAAUUAAGAGUAAUAAAUAUGGACGAAGUUGAAGAAAAAGCUAAACUCUACGUUGAAAAUCUACUAACAGAAGGAGCAGAAACAUCUUGCGACGAUUGUACAAAAUCUUGUAAAGAGCACGAAGACUUACCUUCAUAUUAUGAUGAGGAAUUAUUUAAAAAAGGACAAUCCUUCUAUCACAAGCACAUAUUUUCGUUUAUGGGUGCCAAAUUUAUGGGACUACUUACAGUACUGGCCAUACCAACCAUUGUAAAAAUUUUAAUACAUACAAGGAUGUCGGGAAGUGAUUUGACUGCAUACAAGAGAUACAUUGCCACAAUAUUUCACAUGACCGUGUGGUAUGAGGCUGAUUUUAAACCAGGAUCAAAAUUAUGGAAAUCUAUAGCCCAAGUCAAGGGCUUACAUAACUCGGCUAGUAACAACAGUUGUAAGGCUGGAAUCAACAGAAUAUCGCAAAAAGACAUGGCUCUAACUCAGUUUGGUUUCAUGGGCUAUCAACUAACGAGAGAAAAACAUUUUGGAAUACACAACUCAACAGAGGAAGAGUGGAGGGCUUAUAUUCAUUUGUGGAGGGUCAUAGGACAUUUGUUAGGCAUAGAAGAUAGAUUUAAUUUGUGUACGGGGACGGUUCAAGAAGUACAGGCAAAAUGCGAGAAAUUAAUCGAAAAAGUAUUCCUACCGUGUGUCAAAAGAAAGGACGCAGAAUUUACAGAAAUGUCACGCUAUCUGGUCAAUGGUUUAUGGGUGUUUAGUCCCAUACUGAACUUCAACGUUGCUUAUUGUUCUUUAGUUAUGAUGCUACAGGACAGGUUUGACCCGAAAAAUUUCGAGGAAUAUCACAAACUAACGCGAUGGGAGACAUUCCUGUUUUACUUAACAGGUUUUGUGUUUUUCAGUUUAAAAUGGACAAUAUCUAGGUGGUACCACAAUCACACUCUCGGUACAGAGAUUUGUGGCUUAUUAAGGAACUUUCCGUUUUGGCCUAUUACAAAUUCGGAUUCAAAAAUUCUCAUGUUUACAUUUUGA